UUGAUGCUGAAGCGGCAGCAAAGCAUAGCCCCCUGUAUCACAGACAGAGGUUCUCUUCCAGACACCCCUACUGAGAAAGAGCCCCAGUCCCCCAGUUUCAGCGAUAAACCCAUCAAUUCUCCACGUACCCAAUCCAGAGAGAGCUCCUUCAGAAGCAGAGGCAGCAUUAGCCAACGCCAAAACCACAGCCUCAAGUCCCUGCCUCAACACUCCAACGACUGCCUGCGCCAUGGUAACAGCAGUGAUGCGCGUGCUGUAAGAGCGGUCUGUUUACUGAUGGGCGGAGCUGCUGCCUCGUCAGCAUUGGGUUAUCUAAGCUCCUGUACAGGCUCCUCAAGUGUGGCUGCUCAAGCACCAGAAAUCACCCACGCAAUGGGUUUCUCAGAGCUUGGAGGAGAUACGUCCUACCACCACACCUGUGCCGAGGCGGUCGACUCGCCUCAUUUCAACAGCUUCGACUUUGAGGGCGACUCUGAUUUCGAUGCUUUCGACUGUGGAGGGUUCACUUUCUGAUGGCCUAGCUCUACAAUACCACUAUGUAUUUUCUAGUGUUUGUGGUUUUGCACGGUUCUUAAAUAGACAACAGCAAUUGGUUUGUAUGCUAUAGAUUAAAACUUCUUGUAUCUGAAACAUGGUGUUCACCUAAGGCCAGAUCCAGAGAUGAGUUUAAUAUCAGAAAUAAGCUCAUAAUAUCAUAGUUAGACCUUAAAAUCUUAAAAAGACUUAAGAUCUAUUCAGAUGUUACAUGAAGCCUAUACACACAGGGUUGAGUUACACAUGUGGGGUGGAGUUAAGCCAAUUGUCACAUGUUGCAUUUUUCUGGUGUGAUAUCAGCUUGAGUGGGAAUCAGCAUCAAGCCCAGCACUACUACAUGUAAUUUUGAUGGAUUCAUAUUUUAGGAUGACAAUUAAAUACUAUGAAAUACCUAAAUAUGUGGUUAUUUUUUUAACAGUAUUAUCCAUGAAAGGUUUUGAGGGACAAUGGAGGAGAUGUCUUCCCUGUUUCUGUGACAUUGCUUAUCUCAAGGCCAGGAUUUUUAAAGAUAAUGAUAAUAUGAUGAAUUAUAUAAAUGUAAGCUGAAAACAUGUGACAAUGUGAGAUAUAAGAUUGGGCAGAUUCAGCAUGGCUGCUGUACAGGAAAGCACAAUGAGUUAGCCAGAAAACCACUGGCAUUAGUUAUCAGUUUAAGAAUCCAUAAGUAAAUCCAUAAUAA